GUCGUGGUUAGGUGGCAUACAAUUAAUAGAAUAGAACAAACACAAUAUUCCGUGUGCUCCUUUCCGAUAAAUGGAAUAAGUCCCUACGAAAUACUCUCUCUGCGUACAUCGGAGCGUAGUUUCAUUCCGCGUAGUGCAAUAGUGGUGUAACGGCACGCAGUACAGCUACGCACAGCGUUCAAUGUAUUGUGUUUGGGUGGCGGAAUUUCCAGCACAAAGCACAAACGCACUCUAAAUAGGGGUUUUGCAUCGCGGCAUCAUAUUUCGUUGCUCAGCACGCAGGUGUUUAUCCAAUCGCGUCAAAGAAAUGUGUUAGAUCACGCUGAACUAGUCUAAAUUUCUUCGCAAAUAUCAAAGAGCUACACACCGAGUGAGAUUGUGGAAUUGGUGUCACGAAAGGUCAUUGCGUGCUUCAUUUUGUUUACAGCAAAAGUUAAAUCGACAAGAGGUGUUUGCUGCAUACGAAAUUGUGCACGGGGUAAAUGAGAAGGUGAAUUUGUCGCGUAAAUGCGGGCCCGGAUCAGGCCCUCGAGCAUAUUCGUCACUUCUCGCGAUGAUUGUAGAUUUUGCCUGAAGAUAAGCUAUCAGUGUUGCUGCGUGCCGAGGAUGAGAAGAGGUGUGUGACGAAGCGUUGAGCAACGUUGAUUCUAUGUGUGUUUGUUGUUAACAAGUGUCUGUGGCUGAGUUCAUUCCGAUGUGUACUUGCUAGCAAAACCAUCACGAUUGGACGCAAUUUGACCCAUUAGGUGUGCUGCGUUACUUGCUGUGGAACAGCUCUGGAGUAAGACGGAUUGCAGCUAAACAUUUCCAGCCCAAGGACACAAACUCUACGGACGCCAUCACAGCCGCAAAACGAACAAUCACAACAGUGAGCUACGUAAACUCUGGCACUUCCCGACCAGUACUACAAUCUGCAAAAAAUGGCACAAGAAUCGGUCGUAAAACAAUUUAUCGAUCGGAUCAAUAGCUCCAACAAUGAUCCAAACCGAAAGGCGGUGACACCGGCGAUUGCAACCCGUUUCCUGUUGGCACGCAAAUAUGACAUCACGCGAGCAAUGGCACUUUACGAGCAGCAUGAACUGAUCCGGCAACGUGAAGGGCUGUACGGAUUCGAUCCACUGAAUGAACCACUUCGAACAGAAUUGGAGACCGGAAAAUUCACGAUCUUGCCCGGACGAGAUGCCAGUGGUGCAGCGAUCGCUCUAUUCACUGCCAAUCUGCACUAUCCGAUGACCGUGACCCAUAAAACAACACUUCAAGGUGUGGUUUAUCAGCUGGAUGUAGCGUUACAGAGCACCGAGACACAGAAGGCAGGCUUAGUAUUCAUCUACGAUAUGAGCACUUCGAAGUAUUCCAAUUUUGAUUACGAUCUAUCGCAAAAGAUCCUCACACUGCUAAAGGGUGGCUAUCCAGCACGGUUGAAAAAGGUCCUUAUCGUAACGGCUCCGCUUUGGUUUAAGGCACCGUUCAAAAUCUUACGGCUAUUUGUGCGUGAGAAAUUGCGCGAGCGUGUAUUCACCGUAUCAAUACCGCAGCUGAGUUUACAUGUUCCUCGGGAAUCUCUGCCGGUUCGGUUAGGUGGUACCUUAGAAGUCGAUCAUUCCUCAUGGUUGUUACAUUGUUACAAAUCGAUGACGAAUCGUGAAGACGAAAUUAUUGCGACAGCAGGCCAGCAACAACAGCAGCCAGAAGAUUCUCAAAACAGCUCCACUAGCGUGGCCGUACCGAAUGCUGGCAAUCCCGUGAUGGGAAGUGCAGGAAUCGCGGCAAUUGCUGCGGGAACCGGCCCAUUAGACGCGCACCAUUUACUAAGUGGUGUUGGUUCGGAAUUAGUAGACGUUGCUUUCGUGGCUACUCAUAACCACCGGGCAGUCUCUUCCGGCAAUAAUGGUACACUGGUGGAGGAUCACUUAAAUGUGGACGAUAUCAGUGAUAUCGCUGCAGUGAGUGUCAGCCAACAUCUCGCUGGGAAUCAUGCAGGCAAUGUUGGGAUUCACAAUCACCACACCACCAAUUCGGAACUGUGGACAGAAAAUCCGCCAAGCAGCGCAUCGUCGGGCUUUAGCGACGACGAUAGUUUAGCCGGCGCCGAAGGAGACCCGAAAACGAUCGAACAGAUUGUGCAGAUGGUACGAGAGCGGGGUAAGAUGGGAUUGAUUCGGGAGUACACCGAAAUCAAAGCCCGCGCACCCGAUGGUACCUUUACGCAUGCAAAGUUGAGAAACAAUUUAGGAAAGAAUCGUUACACGGAUGUGCUAUGUUACGAUCACAGUCGCGUUGUAUUAUCACAGGAAGAGGAUGAUCCCACGACGGAUUACAUCAACGCAAAUUUCGUCGACGGUUACAAGCAGAAGAAUGCGUAUAUCUCCACACAGGGUCCACUGCCAAAGACAUCGUACGAUUUUUGGCGCAUGGUCUGGGAACAGCACUGUUUGUUGAUCAUCAUGACAACGAGGGUGAUGGAGCGGGGUCGCGCCAAGUGCGGUCAGUAUUGGGAACCUAGCGAAGGCGGCAUAGCGGAAUAUGGUUCAUUUCGAUUGCGGACAAUGUCGAUAGAAACUAAUGAAGAUUACACGGUGGUAGAGUUGGAAAUAAGAAAUAUUAAGACUGAUGAGGUAAGGUGCGUAUCCCAUUGGCAGUUUACCAGUUGGCCAGACUACGGUGUGCCCUCGUCGGCUAAGGCUAUGCUAAAUUUCCUGCAACGUGCCCGCGAGAAGCAGGCAGAGAUGGUACAAUGUUUGGGCGACCUUUGGGCCGGUCAUCCCCGGGGCCCCCCUAUAGUGGUUCAUUGCAGUGCCGGAAUCGGACGAACGGGUACAUUCAUAACGCUGGACAUUUGUAUAUCGCGCCUAGAAGACGUUGGUACGGCCGACAUCAAGGGAACGGUAGAGAAAAUACGUUCACAACGAGCAUACUCGAUACAAAUGCCGGACCAGUAUGUGUUCUGCCAUUUGGCCCUGAUCGAAUACGCGCUUUCACGCUCCAUGUUACAGUCGGUAGACCUUUCGGAGUUUGACGAUCGGGACGAAGAAUCCGACUAGAAAGAAGAAACGUAAGUGACAAACAAACACCCAGCAUAAUAAGCGUAAUUUACAAGCGUCUUUGUGAUCGACGACGAUGAUAACAGGUUAUUACUGGCUACCGAUUGGGGAAUGGUAUUGAAGGUGACAAAACAGACAGCUAUCAUUAGGGUUUGCACGAUGAACAAUUGUUAAUCUACCAAACGCCACUUUGCACCUGUUGAACCUUUCCAUCCCAACUUGGUCGUUACUUUUCCGUGUGAUCAGAGUAAAUGCCAAUCACUUUCUCACGCAAGCGUAAGACUUUCUGCAAGUGGACCAUACCGUGCGGAUCUGGUUUACGUGUAAACGCAUGUGAGAUUUGCUUUUCUGUUUUGGAAGAACGUAACAUUUGUUUUAAACUGCAAAGGCGUAUUGCGCGCUCCAGAUCCUAUCCACUAUAAAAAGAAAAGACCUGACAGGCAAUAGGCAAAAUACCAGGCGAUAUUAGAUAUGAUAUACUAUUACUUGCGAAGCGAUAUUGGCAAAUUUCGAAAAGGGAUUUUGCUGAGGCUGACCACACCUUCUUGCUGAUGGCGUCUUUUUCGGCUUUUUGCAGUGUGAUUUAACACCAAAAAACGGCACAACUACAGAAUGAUUCUCUUCCAAUAAGCAUCCGUUCAUUCACAAAACACAGGUAGCGAAACGAAACAGUCCAAUUGGGAAAAUCAUCAUGCAGAAUUGUAUAGCUUCGUAAUACAAAUAGAUUUCAGCCUUUUUCUACUACCUACAGUAGAGUGGUAAAGUCUCGCUAUCAGAUAAAGGAUCCAAUAAUUGUACUAUAAUUAAGAAUCUUUUUCUUUUGGAAACCGUUGCAUUUUAAAACGGCCUCUCUAGGCGAAGAAGCAACCGACUAACAGAUUAUCCAGUCCAGUGAAAUGGUGAAGAAUCAAUUAUAUAUGUGUGAAAAUCCAUUCAACUAGCGCGAAAAAAGUGCUAAGAGGAAGAAUGAGGAAGAAAAUAGAGAAAAGAUAUCAGAAGUUUAUUUUUUCUAUUUAUUUUAACUUUAGUGAGGAAAAUAUUCGUAAGUACAUGUAGUAAUAUUUAAAGAAAAAAAACUAGUAGGAAUAAAAGGAAAACAUUUGAAAGGCG